GUGCGACGCCUGAAGAUUUGUUUUCCCUUUACGUCUUGUCUGUCUGUCUGUCUGUCUGUCUUGUCUUGUCUCUUGCUCGGGUUCUCCCUGCUGGUUCCCCAUCGUUCACUCAAAUACCGGUGGUGGUUCCCCAUUUACCCCUACUUCGGGCCUUUGCUCUUUCUCUUUUUGCUUCCCUUGAUUUGUUCGGAUUAUGCCUUGCGCCCAGCAACGAUAGCAUGGCAGCCGAUGACCGCAGCCUGGAGGUUAAGGCGGUUGCGGCCGUCUUCAUGUCUGUGGCCUGCAUUGCGGUGAUACUGCGAUGCUAUGUGCGCGGAUGGAUUGUACGAGCGUUUGGGAUUGAUGACUGGGCUAUGGUGGUUGCCAUGUUGUUUUAUUGCAUGUUUUCUGGUUGUAUGAUUGGAGGUUCCCUCAAUGGAACUGGCAAGCAUUUCAACGUUUUGAAUGCACACCAGCGCGUGACCGCCAUGAAGUAUUGGUGGUUCUGCGAGAUUGCGUACUGUUUUUCGGCCAUGGGUUGCAAGAUCUCUGUCUGCAUUUUCCUGUUGCGCAUUACCGUGCGCCGGUUGCAUAUCUGGAUCCUUCGCAUCGUGAUGGUGUUGACCGUCGUUGCCGCCCUGGUCUUUAUGUUUUUGAUGCUGCUGCAGUGCAGGCCAGUCUCAUACUUCUGGACGCGCAAGGCCUUUGAUGAUAGUAUCCAUGGCGAGUGCAUCAACAUGGAGAUCAUCAUCGCCAUGACCUAUGUGUAUAGUGCAUUUGCCGCACUGUGUGAUUUUACCGUGGGCAUCCUGCCUAUCUUCAUCGUCAAGAAUCUGCACAUGCGGAAGCAGACCAAGAUGGCCGUGGUGGGCAUUCUGGGCAUGGCCUGCAUUGCCUCGUCUGCGACGAUUAUCCGCAUUCCCUGGGUACAUACCUUUUCGGACCCGGACUUUCUCUAUGCCACCGUCGAGAUUGCCCUCUGGUCCAACAUCGAAACCGGCCUCGGUAUCACCGCCGGUAGUCUCGCUACCCUCCGCCCUCUCGUCCGCCACUGGCUGGGCUCCCACUCCGACCCGAACUACUACGGCCGAUCCCCCUUCGGCGGGCCCUCCGGCUCGCGUCGCAUGGGCGGCGGCGCCAGUCACAACCACGCGCGAUCGCACGAUCGGCCGGUGCCGCUGGGCUCACUCGACGACACGGCGGUGCAGGGCCGUCUGCGGCCGGACAAGCUGGCGGUGACGGUGACGACGAUCCACAGCCAACGGGGGCCUAUGAACUCCUCGUCGAACAGCAGCGAGGAGCAGCUCACGGCGGGGCUGUCGGACAGCGGCAGCAAGGAUAGCCGAGGCAGCCGCCGCGGCGAGCCCGACUCGAAGGGAUCCGCGGGGGGAUACCGGGGCGGGGGCUUCGGCGGGAUCCAGCGCACCUUCGAGGUGACACAGACCUCGUCGGCGGGGGAUAGUUCGUGUCAUGAGCACAGCAUGGUUUAAAACUUCUUCUUCUUCUUUUCUUUUCUACGGCAAUUUAUACCCUAGGGCAGGUUACGGGCAGGUGGGACAGAUGUAGAUACUGGAUAGAUGGAUUUACUUCUGGUCUGUAUGUAUGAGUAUGGAUGGGCAUGGGGCAUGUAUGUAUAUACCACUUUGUUAUGACAUUUUUCUUUUGUUCGGC